UCAGGGGCCUCUGCUGCCUGCAUUCCUGAGCCCUCCAGCGUACAGAAGGUUUUCUAAGUGGCGGCCAGCCAAACGGAGGCGGUCAGACUUCCCCUAGCUGUGAAGAAGGCAGCUGCAACUUGAGAACAGCUUACGCUCCCUGCCUCCUGGCACUCCCCGGGUGAGUCCAGCCGGGAGACGGUCAGGGAUCCGCAGAGCCCAGAACCAGAGCUGGGAUCCUGGGAUCAGGCACUCCCUACUCUUCUGAUUUUCCUCGCUGCAGAGAGACUUGAUUCUUUUCUGAACUUCAAGCUGUGUCUGAUCGGGAGGAGCUGGAGUCGGUGCCUUUGAGAAGCAAAGAGGGCACCUCACUUUUCUGUGAUCCCAGGAGCCAAAUCAGGCAUGAAGAGUCUUUAACUCAGUACAUCUUGUGAUCGAGAGAGGUAAAGGGUGAAGCAACAUGGAUGCCAUCAGCCAAACCUCCCCAGAAGCAGUGCUGCCUAAGCACAUCCUGGAUGUCUGGGUCAUUGUCCUCAUUAUCCUAGCCACCAUCGUGAUCAUGACUUCCUUGGUGCUGUGCCCAGCCACCGCUGUCAUCAUUUACCGAAUUCGGACUCAUCCCAUACUCAGUCAGGCCUUUUGAAGCCUCAGGAUGCUGGGGGUGCUAGUCCAGGCUUUUGAUGACUGGGCAUGGCCCAGAAAACUCCCCCUCUUUAGCAGGGUAAUGAUGAGAGCCUUUCCAUUAAGGAAAAUGGUUUGAAGCUACCAAACAGAACUAGAUCGUGUCCGUGAAAAUGCCUUUUAUGAUGCAUAUAUCCAUCAGCAGCCAUCAACAGUGAUGGAGGAAGGAAGCUUUUCUGGUAGGGCUGCUCCUGUCAAGCAGAUAGGGUCCAGUUUCAAGAUGUACACGAUAUAAGAUGGAGUCUCCAGGGGCUGGAACUUCUGGGAAUCAGAGAUGCUCCAAGAGACAUCAACAGGGACAGGGAUGACCUAGGAGUUACUUCUUCCCUAUUCCUACAAUCCUUUAAAAGUUCCUCCCAUCACUAACAAAGCUCUCCCUGUUCUGGGGAAUCCCCUGUCAAGUUUUCUAUCAUGUUAAAUUCCUGGUAGGACCUUGUUCUUUGCUAGUUGCAAGUUAGCUAAAGUGCUAGCUCAUUGUAGUUUAAAGUCCCUUUCCUUUUCAGGACAUUUACAUUUUAAUAAAAUACUGUAUUCAAGUGAGAAAUUACUAUUGUCAGUCAAUAAGCAUUUAUUAAGUACCUACUAUGGGCCAGGCAUUGUGCUAAGCACUGGAGAUAUAUACAAAAAAAGGGGGGGGGAAAGGGCUUUCUACUCUCAGAGAGCUCAUAGAUCUCAGGCACUGUGAUAGUCUCCCAAGGUACUAUUAAAGGGAUUAUAUUUGGGGAGGGAGUCUUUCAGAGGUCUGGUCCUGUCCUACAGCCUACAUAUCUCUUGUACUUUUAUGAUAUGGCAUCUUUAGCUGGAAUAAGGUAAAGAGUUUAACUGGGGCAGGGAAGGUUGAAUGUAGUAUUUCCUAAGUUCUUGCUUCUGCUACCAUAUAGGAUCUGAAAACCAGAGCUACUUGGGUAGAGAUUCUGUGAUCCUGCUGGGCACACAGAAAUCCCCUGCUUCUCCAAAGAGAGCUAAGGCUGGGCUUAGGAUGAGCACUAUUGCCUUAUUCCAUAUCUGCCCAUGAUUAUAUAUGUGUCCUCCAGGGUUGCUGGUCCUAUUUUUUUUUUCCUUUGGAUCAGAUAUCUGAUUUCAUUGGCACUGACUUUGCCACUAGUGAGCUGUGUGGUCUUAGCUAGGCAGGAAAUUGAUAUCCCAAAGAGAUUAAGUGAUUUUUCCAAUAUCACACAGCCAGUUAUUCAUAACAGAAUUAGGGAUAGAGUCAAGGUCAAAAAUGUCUUAGUGGAGUGGUCUUUCCACAUUUUAGAAUCAAUGCAAAAUGAGGACAAUUGUGAUCCACAUUUUAUGGCACUUUAAGGUUAACAAAGGUCUUUUCUUGUAACAGACCUUUGAAGGGUAGUGCAAAUAUCAUCAUUUCCAUUUUAAAGAUGGGAAAGCUGAGAUUCAAAGACCACAGAGCUAACAAGUGGAGGACUUCCCUCCCCAGAUUCCAUACUCUUUCCUCUAUAGAUUGCUGUCCUGCUUACUUCCUAAGGCUGUGAUUCCGGUACUAUGAGAAGAGAGGGAAUGUGGCAUGUAGCAAGGUGGCCUUCAAGUCUGAAAGUCCUGUUUCUUACAUAUAUUGGCUGUGUGAUCAUAGGGAAGUCAUUUAACCUCUCGGUCUUCAGGAAACUCUCUAAGACUAAAAGUUGCAGAUCAUUUGUUGAUCUGCACUGGUGGAGGAAGUUACUUUAUUGGGAAUUCCCCAUAACAAUGAAAUCACUGGUUCUGUUUUAAAAAAAAGGAAUUCUACAGUGAUUCUAUGAUCACAUCUAUCCAAAUGUUCUCUCCAAAGAUACAGCUUUCCACCAUCCAUGCCUGCCCAUCUUAGGAGACUCUUUUCCACAUCUUCUCGUGUGAGACUAAAAGAGGUUGAAAGCUUUAUAAGAGCCCUUGUGUCAGUGAAAUAGGAAGUUUUAUGUCAAUUAUUCAGCAUAUCUCCCUUUACUUGUGUAUAUACUUGUGGUUGAUUCACUGGUUGCCCAAGGCUCCAAUUUAUUCUCCCUUCCCUGCAGGAUCCAGAAUUUUUUCAACCCCCUCCUCUUGUUCCUCACCCAUCACAAGAGACCUGUCCCAUGACAUUUCCCCCCAGGAUCUAGUCUCUGCUUAAGUGAGUGGGUAUGUUAUCUUUCUGAAAUAAGAGAUUUAGUUUUCAAGAGAAAGCUAGCUUACCCUGGUGACUCUAAUGGGGGCAUGUUAGACACUGUGUUCAGUGACAGCAGGGGAAAUAUUUCUGGACAGAUAGAGCCUGUAUUACCAAGUAUGGGAAAUUCCUAGGAAGACUGCACAAAGAUCUAGUAGGAAAAGAAUGCUUUUAUUUAGUAUGUGUUUGUGUUUUCCUGAUGGACUCUUAAUUGCCAUUAAAAAUAACAGGAUGAGAAUA